AUGACUGCACCUCCAACAGCCGACCAGGCUCUUUCUACGCCGAUCCACCAGGUCUCGUUCCUGGAGAAGCUGGACGUGUUCCCAGGACUUCUCUCGAUCGAUGGUGCAGAGGCUCAGUACCCUUCAGCUUCAGUGAGACACCCCAGUCCCUCGGUCAGGAGCUUGGCUUAUGUGCACAGAUACAUCGGCGCUCCUUUCUCCAAAGUCUAUGAGAAAUGGUGCAAAGAUAACGGCAUGCAACCCAAUUUCGUGACGCUGAGAUCAGGCGUCAAAGCGUUCUGGGUCGGCGACCCGCAGACUGCUAAAUACAUCUGUGUCUACUAUCAUGGUGGCGGCUUUUCGCUCGACGGUGAUGACACCCACCUCAGAUUCUGGCACGGCGUACAGAACGAUGCCAAAACUAGCGACAUCACCAUCGCGUUCUUGUUUCUCGAAUAUACUCUUGUGCCGCAUGCGACCUAUCCCAAGAUAAUGUACGAAGCCGUAGAGGCAGUCAAGUACGUGUUGGAAGACUUGAAGCGACCAGCCUCUCAAAUCAUCCUCGCCGGUGAUUCUGCCGGCGGCAACAUGUGCCUGGGAGUGCUCUCACAAAUCAUGCAUCCGUCGCCUGAGUUCCCGGAACUCAAACUGGGUGAAGGUGAAAAGCUCAAGGGCAUUGUGGCUGUCGCACCUUGGGUUAGUUUCCGCUUAGACUGGCCGAGCGAAGCCAAGAACCGGUACAAGGAUCUUGUCACUCAAUACGCAGGGGGGAAGUGGUCGAAGGACUACCUUGCUGGGAAGCCAACGACGACAUAUGCAGAGCCGCUUACUGCUCCAACUGAAUGGUGGAGAGACGCAAAGGUCGAACAAAUACUGGCCGUUUCCGGCGCCAACGAAAUCCUGCUCGACGCAAUUAGCGAAUGGGUGGAGAAGUACAAGUCUGUGAAUCCCGACAACCUCACAUACGUGAUUGGGACCAACGAAGCACAUAUCGCACCCAUCAUCCACUUGCGGUUCAACGACACUGCCGAAACAGAGCAAGGAAAAGCCAUCAAAUCGUGGGUCAAAGCGAAGUUGUGA